CUCGCCCUCCUUCACUCGCCGUGAAAAAGUAGUCCCGUUAAAAUUGGUGCGAACCCGUGAGAAGUGAACAAGAAGUGAACGUCAUUCACAUGUGAUUCUCAAGGACAGUCGUUCGGGAGCGGCGUAAAAACGUAAACACGACGAUUUUUCGCACAUCUCCAGUGUGAUGCUGAAACGGCUCCUCUUCUGUUGCGUGCUCGUGUUCCAAAUCGCAGCAUCUGCAAAAAUCAUGCCUGGAAGAGGAAAAUUUUGGUAUUUUGCCUAUGGCAGCAACCUUUUGGAUAAAAGAAUCCACAUCAACAAUCCAUCGGCUGUUCGACAGACUAAUGCAAAGUUGCAGGGUUACAGAUUAGAUUUUGCUGGUUUUUCGAGGAGAUGGGGAGGAGCUGUUGCCACCAUCGAGCCUGAGGAAGGUACACACAUGUGGGGAGCUGUUUGGAAGAUGGACACUGAUCAAAUUGAUUCACUUGAUCGUCAAGAAGGUGUGAAAGAUGGGGUUUACCAGGUUUUACAUGUGAAUGUAACUGAUGCUGCUGGCUCGACUUACAACUGCAGGACUUACAGAUACAAUGCAAAAGAGCCAUUGACCGGUGGAACUUACUCAAAAAUUCCGCAAGCUAGACGUCCAUCGCCAAUUUACCUCGAGACAAUUUUAAGGGGUGCAAAUCAGUCUAGCCUGCCAAAAUCAUACAUUGACAAAUUGUCGAGCAUCCCAUCAAAUGGACAUGACAGCGGAAUGACUUUAGAUCAGUUUCUGAAUCGACCUGCUCUAGUCAACAAGAAAGAUUGAGUGAUGAGGUAAAUUUUUUUUAUUUAUAUAUGCAACUAUUUUGCAAUUUUAAAAAUUGCCAUAUUACCCACUCAAAUUGACAAUUACUUUAUAAAGUGUUGUUGAAAUACGGUCAACAAAAAAUAUUUGCAUGCAAAUGUAGUUUAUAUUCAUAAGUUGAAAUUUGCUGUUAUUUAUACUGGAAUAUUUCAUAUGGAUUUUAUAUUGUGGACAAAAAAAAUGCUGUGCAUCGACAUGAUCCAAAAUUUUAUUUUAAAUUUACUUGUUGACAAAAUAUAUCGAAUCUAUUUUAAAUAAUAUCACAA